GGAGAGGCGGAGGCGGAGGCGGAGGCGGGAGAGGAAGUCAAGCUCCUUCCCAGCAGAGGAGCCGCGUGGGAAGCAGGCUGUGGGGCCCGCAGCGCCCCUGGCCCCCGGCCGUUGGGUCUGGCGGAGCCUGCCUCACCUGGGGCCCCUGUGCUGGGGGUUGCCCCCAAGAUGGUGGCAGCCCCCGGGAGGACUGUGCUGCCCGCCCCGGCCGUGGCCCCGGCCUCCAGCCGCUAGGCCCCCCGUGCCUCCCGCCCCGAGCCCGGCCGGCGCCAUGCUGCGCCUGGGGCUGUGCGCGGCCGCCCUGCUGUGCGUGUGCCGGCCCGGCGGCGUGCGCGCCGACUGCUGGCUCAUCGAAGGCGACAAGGGGUACGUGUGGCUGGCCAUCUGCAGCCAGAACCAGCCGCCCUACGAGACCAUCCCGCAGCACAUCAACAGCACCGUGCACGACCUGCGGCUCAACGAGAACAAGCUCAAGGCCGUGCUGUACUCCUCGCUCAACCGCUUCGGCAACCUCACCGACCUCAACCUCACCAAGAACGAGAUCUCCUACAUCGAGGACGGCGCCUUCCUGGGCCAGGCGAGCCUGCAGGUGCUGCAGCUGGGCUACAACAAGCUCAGCAACCUGACGGAGGGCAUGCUGCGCGGCAUGGGCCGCCUGCAGUUCCUCUUCGUGCAGCACAACCUCAUCGAGGUGGUCACGCCCGCCGCCUUCUCCGAGUGCCCCAGCCUCAUCAGCAUCGACCUGUCCUCCAACCGCCUCAGCCGCCUGGACGGCGCCACCUUCGCCGGCCUGGCCAGCCUCAUGGUGUGCGAGCUGGCGGGCAACCCCUUCAGCUGCGAGUGCGACCUGUACGGCUUCCUCACGUGGCUCGUGGCCUUCAACAACGUCACCAAGAACUACGACCGCCUGCAGUGCGAGUCCCCGCGGGAGUUUGCCGGCUACCCGCUGCUGGUGCCGCGGCCCUACCACAGCCUCAACGCCAUCACCGUGCUGCAGGCCAAGUGCCGCAACGGCUCGCUGCCCGCCCGGCCCGCCAGCCACCCCACGCCCUACUCCACCGACGCCCAGCGGGAGCCCGACGAGAGCUCGGGCUUCGGCCCCGACGACAUCCUGUCGGCCGAGCCGCCCGCCUCGUCCACCACCGACGCGUCCGCCGGGCCGGCCAUCAAGCUGCACCAUGUCACCUUCACCGCGGCCACGCUGGUGGUCACCAUCCCGCACCCCUACAGCAAGAUGUACGUGCUCGUGCAGUACAACAACAGCUACAUCUCCGACGUGAUGACGCUCAAGAACAAGAAGGAGAUCGUCACCCUGGACAAGCUGCGGGCCCACACCGAGUACACCUUCUGCGUGACCUCGCUGCGCAACAGCCGCCGCUUCAACCACACCUGCCUGGCCUUCACCACGCGGGAGCCCGUGGCCGGCGACCUGGCGCCCAGCACCUCCACCACCACCCACUACAUCAUGACCAUCCUGGGCUGCCUCUUCGGCAUGGUCAUCGUGCUGGGCGCCGUGUACUACUGCCUGCGCCGGCGGCGCCUGCAGGAGGAGAAGCAGAAGUCCGGCAAGGUCAAGAAGACCAUCCUGGAGAUGCGCUACGGGGCCGACGUGGAGGCCGGCUCCAUCGUGCACGCCGCCCAGAAGCUGGGCGAGCCCCCCCUGCUGCCCGUGUCCCGCAUGUCCUCCCUCCCGUCCAUCGUCGGGGAGAAGCUGCCCGCUGCCAAGGGUCUGGAGGCCGGGCUGGACACGCCCAAGGCGGCCACCAAGGGCAACUACAUGGAGGUGCGUACCGGCACCAGCACCAGCACCGGCACCGGCACCGGCACCAGCUCCGGCACCGGCAGCGGCAGCGGCACCGGGGCUGGCUCGGGCACCGGUGGCGGUGGGGACGGCCCGGCCCAGCCCGACGGUAACCGCCCGGGCAACAGCCAGGGCUCGGCCACGGAGAUCUCCACCAUCGCCAAGGAGGUGGACAAGGUCAACCAGAUCAUCAACAACUGCAUCGACGCCCUCAAGCUGGACGCGGCCACGUUCAUCGCGGUCCCCGGCAGCGGCAGCGGCGGUGCUGGCGCAGGCGGCGGCGGCGGGGGGGACCCCGAGCUGGCCUUCGAGUGCCAGUCCCUUCCCGCGGCCACGCCGGCCUCCUCGGCGGCCUCGCCGGGGGGCCUGGAGCUCCCCACCUUCCUCCCGCCCCCGUUCAAGGAGAGCGCCCACCACCCGCUGCAGCGCCAGCUGAGCGCCGACGCCGCCGUGGCCCGCAAGACCUGCAGCGUGUCCUCCAGCGGCUCCAUCAAGAGCGCCAAGGUCUUCAGCCUGGACGUGCCGGACCUCCCGUCCCCCGCGGGGCUGGCCAAGAGCGACUCCAAGUACAUCGAGAAGAGCAGCCCCCUCCACAGCCCGCUGGACCGGCUCCCGCUGGUGCCCUCGGGCAGCAGCGGCAGCGGGGGCAGCGCCGGGGGCGGCGGCGGCGGCGGCGGGGGCAGCGUGCACCGCCUGGAGGUGAAGCCGGCCGCCUUCCACUGCAGCGAGCACCGGCACAGCUUCCCGGCGCUCUACUACGAGGAGGGCGCCGACAGCCUGAGCCAGCGCGUGUCCUUCCUCAAGCCGCUCGCCCGCUCCAAGCGGGACUCGGCCUACUCGCAGCUCUCGCCCAGACACUACUACUCGGGCUACUCCUCCAGCCCCGAGUACUCGUCCGAGAGCACGCACAAGAUCUGGGAGCGCUUCCGGCCCUACAAGAAGCACCCCCGGGAGGAGGUGUACAUGGCCGCGGGCCACGCCCUGCGCAAGAAGGUCCAGUUCGCCAAGGACGAGGACCUGCACGACAUCCUCGACUACUGGAAGGGGGUCUCGGCCCAGCAGAAGCUGUGACCCUCUCCUCCCCGGUGAGGCCGGAGGGGCAGGGCGGGGGCACGCGGGCGGGGAAGGGCCCGGGGGAGCCGGGCGGGGGCGGCCGGACGGGGGCGUGCCGGGGGCCGGGGCCGAGGCCGAGGAGUGGACGACGCACACGCACACCCACACGCACGCACCCACGCACACACCUGACCACCACCUGACUGUGAACAACCACCACCCGACUACUAGGGACAGGAAAACAAAGACACGUUCUCCUUAAAAGUUUACACAGAUACCGACACCAGGCGUCUUUACUGUGCUGCCCAGGGACUCUGCCGGGGCGUGCGGGGCUGCUGGGCGGGAGGCCGGGCGAGGAGGCCGAGAGAGAGAGAGAGAGAGAGAGAGAGAGAGAGAGAGAGAGAGAGAGAGCGCGAGCGAGAGCGCGUGAGAGCGAGCGCGGGGCCUGGGGCCCUGGGACCAGGGACAGGUUUGGGGGCAAAGGAGCCGGCAGCAGGGAGAGGUCACACCAGGAGGUUUAGCACCAGGUGGACAUGGGCGUGGCUCCCUUCCUUUACGGAUGGGGAAACCGAGGCCCAGGGAGAGGAGGUGACAACCCAGGGUCCCGCGACAGGCGAGAGUCAGUUUCCCAGCUCGGAAGCCCAGCGCUAGCCCGGACCUCGAGCGGGGCCCCUGGGGCUCCCACCCUCCAUCUACCCACCACCCCUUUCCAGCGGUGGUCCCCUGGGGCUGAGGGACCUGAGAAUCCAGCGGGUGCUUUUUCUUUCUGGAAAGCUCCAUGGCCGUGCCCGCAGAGCCUGCGGCUGCGAUUCAUCCUGCUGGGGGGCCCUUCGUCUCCCAUCGGCACCCGGGAAAAGAGCAGAGGCAUGGGGACGCCCCACCAGCCCCUUCUCGUGUCUUCCAAGCAGCCUGGGAGCUCCCUCUGGGGUCUGAGCCUGGUGGGGGGGCCAGCUCCCACCGCCUCUCAGAGGCAGGCCUCCUCCCGCCCCCCAGCUCUCUGAGUCCCCGGGACCCUUGCUCAUCCCGGGGACCAGCAGCGAACCGGGAUGCUGGGAGUAGCGUGGAGGCGGGCGCCCCUCCAUCCUGACCUCCGACCUGUCUGACUCCCAUCAUGGGGUCUUGGGGCAGCGCCUCAGCCUGCCCGGAGGAAGGAGGCUCCCCACCCCGCUGCCCCUCCCGGCUGCCCCUCCUCCGGGCCCGAGGGGCCCCCGUAUUUACAUCCAUAUAUGGAAACGGCCCCUCCUCCUUCGCUGACCCCCACCCAACAUCGAACAAAGCACAAACAGUGAGCACCCCCCUUGCUGGUGGGGAGCAGGCUGGGUUUGUGGGGCCCCUCCCUGUCCCUGGUUGCCUCUGUCACCAUGGCAACCCAGAGCCUGGCAGUUGGGACCGUUGGGCUCCUGGGGGUGGGCUCCUGCGGGUUCUCCCUGCCAGGGCGGCGAGGCAGGGCAGGGCCUGAGGGCAGCUGCCUUGCUCAUGAGCUAGGGGCUGCCUGGGGUGAGCUCGGGGCAGGUCUGGGGUCCUGGGCGCCGUCCGGGCCUCAGGGGGUCAGCCGGUUGUCCCUCGGCCUUUGGUCGGUAAGCGAGGACAAGCCUAGCCUGGCCCCCCUGCCAACCUGGCCCUGGCUCCGCACACACCUCAGGGCGGGCGGGGCACAGCCCGCUCAGCCCCCCACACACCCUCCCUGCCGGAGACCCCGGCCUCCGGCCCGUCACCAGUUGGCUUUCUGAAUAUUUGGGAAGUGUGACGGGGGGAGGGUGGGCGCCGGGGUGGGGCCAAGACCUGCACUGUGUGGGAGGCUCUGACCAGCAAAGCCAGGGCCUGCCUGCCGGCGGGACAGUGGGGACCAGGGGGGACCGAGAGCCUCUCUCGCACCCACGUGGGGGACGACCGAGCCCGGGCUCACUUUGGGAUGACACUGACGCAGAAAGGACUGUUCUGGGAGCGGAAGGGAGGGGCCCGCAUGAAUAUGCAGAGAAGACCUCCCCCACCUCCCCCAAACCCGCUCCCAGGCCCUCCUCACACCGAUUGGCAAAACCGAGGACAGCGAGCCAGCGCGGAGCCAGCGGUGUGAGAGAGCAGACUCCCUGUUAUAUUUGCAUGAUGAUUUUCCUGUAUUUUUCUGAGCAAACAUCUGUCGUGUAUGUGCCGGUUUGUCCAGACUCCCCUGCCCCCCUCCCCGCCCCCCCAUCCCCCUUUGCCCACGAACCCUCCGGGGUGAUCUGACAAGCAGCUCUUGACACCCGGGAGGCCCAGCUCUGCCACAGACCCAAAACAGGUGCCACCCAAACACCGCCCUCACCCACGCCCGCAUCCCGUCUUUCCCAACUUGGGGCUCACAAGUGCCACCUCCCCUCCUCCCUCUGUCCCUCCUGUCCACGGUCCCUUCCCGUCCGUCCUCCCUGCCAGAGAGGGACAGCCCCGGGGAAGGGUCGUGGGGAGACCUCUGUCCUGUCCCACUUGCUCCCGUUUUGCAGAUGGAGCAGUCAGGACCCCCAAAGACGGAGGGACCAGGUGGGGUGCGGGGUCAGGGGCCCUGCUGAGGAGGCCAAGGGCUAGGGGCCUCUCGGACGGCUUUAUGGGGAGGUUUGGGGCCUGAGGGAACACCCCUGGGAGGAACCGGAGAACUGGGGCCAGAGGGUGGCCCCCAGGGAGGGUGCUGGCAGCAGGAGCGGGGCCUCUCUUUGACACGCCCCGCCAUUCCUGGUCGAAGUGAGACCUCAGACGGGCACUUUGGGGAGCUGUAUGGACAGGCUUCUGUCUUAACAGACAGGGUCCUGCCACCCCAGGGGGUGAACUGGCCUUCACCACUAGGCCACCCCUGUCUUUGGGGCAAAACAGUUUCUAAAACUCGGGCCUCUGGAGUUCCCUGCCAGCCUCAUCCCUCAGCUGCCCUCGCUCUAGGGCAGCGACCCCCUCCCGCACCGCAGCGCCCCCUGGAGGCUCCCUGCACCCGUGUCCCACCCAGGGUGAUUCCUCCCCAGGCCAGAGCACACAGUCACGAAAGACAGACGCCACGGAGUCCGGCUGGCCAGGGCCCCAUGUCUGUAACAGUGAACGGGGACCGGGGCCGCGGCCUGGGCUGGGGGCCCUGGUGGCGUUGGGGGACCAGCCGUCUGGAGGAGACGUGGGUGCUGUGCCCAGACCUCCUGGCUGAGGCCCCGCUGCUCUGGGUCUGGCCUGGGCUUGCUCGGUGCCCGUUCCUGGGGGGUGGCUCCGACGGGCCCGCUCUCCCCUGAAGGGAACAGCAGGCCCCCCGAACCUCUGGGAGCCAGCGGCUUUCCAGAGGGAGCCCCUCGCCAGGGGUCCUGGGGGGGUUCUCCUCUCUGCAGGAGCGGCCUCUCCCGCGGACGAGGAGGCCGCCCGGGUCCAGGCUGGGGGGGAUGGCGGCGCGGAGGCCCCCGUGGGAAGAGGAGACGGGAGGGCCCCAGAGAGGCAGAGGGGGUCUGGGCCUGGCAGAGCAUCCCUGACGCUCUCAGCCGGAAGUCGCUCCCUGUCCCUCUCCUGGGAAUUGAAGAGGAGAAAGGGAAGGAGGGAACUCCUCUAGGGUCUGGUAGGAACAGACUGAGGCCAGGACGGAGCCAGGCAUGGGGACAGCAGUGGCCGGUCCCAUGCUUAGAUGGGGUUCACAUUCAAUGAAGGGACAGCCACAGACUGCUCCCCAGGGGUGGACACUGUGCAGGGAAUGAAACGGGGGUGAGGAAGGAAGAGGGGGGCCCGGGGGCCCCUCAGAGGAAGAGACCCUUGGCAGCCCAGCUCUGAAGGCCACGAGCUCUGAAGAGGACUGGCUGCCGGCUGCGUGAGCCUGAGGCUGGAGGGCGAGGGGCUGGGCCUGGCUGAUGCCCGGAAGUGCCUCCCCAGGUCGCCCCCACCCUCUGCCCCUGCCCUCCGAGAGAACCUGCCACUCAGCAGCACCACACCCCCUCCCUGGACAAGUGGGGCCCUCUUUCCCGGGGGUGGGAGGGUGGGCAGGGCCCGGGGAAGCCCUGGGGUGUCUGGUAGCUGUAGGGUGAAGGUUGGGGCUCCCCUGAUUCCAGGGCUGUUCUCUCCGCUGAGACGUCUGCUCAGCCCCAGACGCUGCACACCCCUUCCUCUGGCCCCGUACCCCCACCUUUAAGACAGAACCAUGCGCACACUCCCUGCCCCUCACUCAGACCCAGAGUCCCCGUCCGAGGUCCCUCGCUGCUGCCGAGCAGUGGGGAGAGGGAAAGGGGGUGGGGGUGAGGGGUCCGUUUUCCCACCCUCCGUCCUCCCUCCCCGACAAGGAGGCUGCCCCCUGGCCCCGGGGCUUGGCACCUGGUUUGGGUCCCGCAGAGCUGGGCCGGGCCCUGGGCCCAGAACCUGUGAACCCUCGCUGUGUGGGACCUUAACUCCCUGGGGGCCUGAACCCUCCCCGUUCCUUCUUUUCUGGGGGCAAUUUCUUUUCUUUUCUCUUCCCGACACCUCCCUCUCCCUCUCCCCAAAUCUCUGUUUUAAACUGAAUGGCACGAAAUUGUUUUCCUCAACUCGAAGAUUCCUGUAUGGAGAGAAUCAAUUUCUAUAUUUGCAAUAAAUUUCUUAUUUAAAACAACGGG